CGACCGAAGAACGUUUCAAAACAGACUGAAAUAGUCUUUAUUUACUUUUAAAUUUAACCAUAGAAUCUCAACGAUGGGCCUGAAAGGUUGUGAAGUUCAGUUGGACAAUCCGUGGAACACCUAUUACGCUGGCCAGGUAGUCAACGGGCAGGUGAAAUUCACCUUCGACUCGCCCAAAAAAGUUCGAGGCAUUAUCAUCCGGUUCCUGGGCGAAGCCAACACGGAAUGGACCGAGGAGCGGAAUGUGACCACUAGCGAGGGCAAGACGGAGAACGAAGUAACCCAGCUAAAGGGCCAUGAGGAGUACUUUAAGAUUCAGUACUAUCUGCUCGGCGGCAAAAACAGCUCUGAGACCGAGCUACAGCCUGGCACCCAUACGUACCAAUUUACUUGCGCUCUGCCGCCAACUCUGCCCUCGUCUUUUGAGGGUGAAUUCGGACAUGUACGCUACACCAUCAAAGUGACCCUGGAUCGUCCCUGGAAGUUCGAUCAGGACAUGAAGAUGGCCUUUACUGUGAUUGCUCCAGUCGAUCUGAAUCUCAAUCCGCGUGUCAAGGAGCCCUUUAAGCUUGAGUUGGAAAAAUCCUUCUGCUGCUUCUGCUGUCGCUCCGGUCCGUUGUCCGUCAUCACGAGUAUACCGCAAACGGGCUAUGUUUCUGGCCAGGUGCUUCCCAUCACUUGCGAGGUGGAUAACGCCAGUAAUGUAAAUCUAACUGCCGUCAAGUUCGAGCUGCGCAAGCUGGUAACCUUCCACACAAACCAGCCACGCAGCGAGAAGCGCGAGUCGAAGGUGAUCAUAGCUAACUUGAGUGUUGGCCCAGUGAAUGGCGGCGAGUCGCGCACGUUUACCCAGCAGCUUGAGAUCCCGGCCCUGCCGCCAACUAAUCUCCUCAAUUGUGGAAUUAUCGCCUUGGAUUAUGACCUGCAUGUGGAUUGCGAUGUGAGCGGUCCGCACCGUAAUCUUACCGGUAAAGUGCCCAUUACCUUAGGCACCAUUCCGUUGGCGGGCGUUAGGCCGCCAGCACAGUACACAGAUGCUCCUGCUGCUGUCCAAUCCGAGGAUCCCUCGCUGGCCCCAACACAGCCUGUGAGUCCGGCCAGUCCACCGCCGGCCGGUGAUGGUGUUGGCGGUGCCCUGGGCUGGAAUGUGGCCGAUAGCACUGGUGGCGGUGGUUCCCUCUAUCCCAAUAUACCACCACCGCAGUUUGUGGAGACCCAAUAUAAGGCACCGACCAUUGCCGGACGUGAUGAUUCCGAACAUACUCAGAUCAUCGGUGACGGAGCCUUCGCUCCUCGCUACCCAACUUUCCAGUUUAAUAACGCCACGGCACCGCCAGCAAAUCACUAAAGAAAUCUGCUCAAAGCCGAUCCACAAUGAUAUUGUUAUUAUGGUCAAACAACCUAUUUUAUUCAAACCAAGCGAUAUAGCAACAAAGUUGAACCCUAUGAAUUUUUCUCAAUUAUCCUCAAUUUGUUUCGGCUUUGAAUUUAUUAUUGAAUCAAAAGCUUUCCGUCCAACAACGAAAGCCAAAUAUGUUUCCAUAAUCAAAUACUUUAAAGGAAAACUUUAAAUACGCUUUGGUUAAUCUUUCUCUUAUCUUGUUUUAUAUACAUAUAAGUAAUUAUUUUGUACAAUAAAACAAGAAAAAAUCAAUUUAAAAAUGCAAUUGAAGAAUGCGUAGAAUACAGUUAGGCGCCACAUAUUCACAGCAAGUUCUGUGACACUUUAAAUAUGAUAAAACCCAGAUUUUUAUAUUGCGACAAUAUAAUAAUAUACGCACAAUAUAUACAGAAAUCUCACAAACCACUGUGAAUUUGAAAUCUUAAAAAAAAUACGCUGUAAAAUGGUAAAAAUUACAGAAUAAAUGUAAAUGAUAAUGUUUCAAUUGUACACAUAAAUAUUUAAUUUAGUAUCAGACACCGAUUUUUAAUUAAUUUAAUUUGAAAUCCCGGAUAGUAAAUCUCAACGUGCUGCUUAA